UCGGGGUUUUCCAACAAGGAAAACACCCUCCAAAAAAUGGCGUAUGCUGCUUGAAUUGCGACGAGCACACGGUAUUCUUUAGUAAAAGGCGAAAGAAUAGUUCGCUAUGUGCUCAACGCGCAGCUGCGUGAUUUAACCGGAUCGAAAAACAUCGUAUUUAUACGCACUUACGUAGCCUUUGUUUGGUCAUUCAACGAUGUGGGAUAUUUGCUGUGUACACAGCAUUUGUAAUACUAACAUAUAAAGUCCGGGACUAAUCUACAAUUCGGCAUAAUUGUCAUUCAUACUUCCUAAACCAGAAGGAAAAAAAAAAAAGAAUAUCAGCCCUACCCCCUUCUUUCGACUCUCACCAUCAUCAUCUGCGCAUCGAGAUUUGCCGCAAUUAACAAUCAAAUCUAGUUUUAGUGAAGAAUUAUGUACCAUCCAACAAGAGGCGGAGUUCGCGGCGGUCGUGAUCAAUUUACUUGGGAUGAGGUGAAAGUUGAUAAACAUCGAGAAAAUUAUAUUGGUCACAGUCUCAAGGCUCCUGUUGGAAGAUGGCAGAAAGGGAAAGACCUCCACUGGUACACUCGUGAUAAGAAAUCUGAUGGUGCUAAUUCGGAGGCAGUGAAAGAAGAGAUUCGAAGAAUAAAGGAGGAAGAAGAGCAAGCCAUGAUGGAAGCUCUGGGAUUAGCCCCAAAACGUUCUGGGAAAUCCCAAGGUAAUCGGCUAGAUAAACAUGAAUUUGCUGAACUCGUUAAGCGAGGUUCUACGGCAGAAGACUUGGGUGCUGGACAUGCUGAAGCAGCUCAAGUUCAAGGUAUUGGUUUUGCAAGGGGGGCGUCAGGUCCUUCUGAAGAAUCAAUCUUGCCGUCCAGUUUGAAGUCUGAACCAAUUGAAAAGAAGUCCGAACCAGUUGGAAAGACGAACGUCUCUGUUCCAACCACAUCUGCAAGGAACGAUGAGAAGGAGUUAGAAGACGAAUCCAGCAGAAAGAAAAGGAAGCAUGAGGAUAAGAGACGUGAUAAACACGAAAGGCGUGAGAAGAGACAUUCACGUGAUUCGGAUGACAAGAGGAAGCACAGGAAGCACAAAGAUAAGAAAAGAUACGACUCAGAUUGACUCAACCAAUGCUAUUAGUUGAAGGAUGCAUGUUGACGUAUUGCUAUAUUCUCUGUUUGGGCAUUUACCUUCAACGUUCAUGUCGUUUGUGCAAGUAAUUUAGGAUUAAACAUUGCUAUGUUGUUUCUACGAAGAGCUUGUUUGCUGUAACAUGAUAAUUAACUAAAUUUUUAUCAAGUAUGGAAGUAUUGUUUAGCAUGAA